UUCGCAUCCUAUCCCCAUCCCUCCUAGGUACGAAACAUCCGUUAUCGUGAAUAUAUAAAUAGGUUGUGCUAAUGGCUUUCCGUAGAUCAGAAGGCAGCGUAUCACAGGCUUGCAUAUAUAAUAACAACCGGACCCACAACAUACACAGCAACUUUCCCACUUCCUUGGAUAUACCGAAACCGAAAAACAAAAGGAAAUAAAAACAAGAGGGAAGAUGAUAGGGAUAUGCAAUUUUAAAAAGAAAGGAGGGCUCAAAUUUCUGCCAUGAACUUGUCAUAGCGUUAGCAGACCGGUGGAUGCAUCGUUUGGAAGGAAAACGCUUUGGUUUGGAUAAGUAGCCACGUCUAAAUUGCUUGAGAUUAAUUCGUAUACAACUACGGCAGCAAAACCUCGUCUUUGCUCAAGUAUUAUAAAUCACUCUGUUACAUACUCCAGUUGAAAUGAAGGACCAACAGGCUCUCAACGGUCGCUUUAUGGCACUGUAUCUAUAGUAUUCAUUUAAGAUAAGGCAAAAACCCCAGACGUUGGCAACACUCAACUGCGACGCGGGAAACAUUCUUGGGAAAGGAACUGAGUCGGGGGAACAUGUAUGGUUAACCUUAAGCAAUGCCCAAAUCCUUUUUAAUAAGGAAAGCUUCAGGGAAGGACAAAUCCAAGUUAUCCAACAUAUCCAGCAAAAAGAGGCUAGAAUUGCAAGGUAUGACAAUAUAUUGCAUCUCAUAUAUUUGAAGCUACGCAUUUUCGUUGCACAUGUAUAUAUAAUUGUAGUACAACAAUUUUCAAUUUGCACUCCAUAAAAUGCGUCAGUAAAAUUUGAACUGCGCUAAAGAGGUUGUGCCAAAUCGAAAACAAGCCAGGCUAUUUGUUAAUAAUUUUGCACUCACAUCGAUCGACACCUGUUUAAUACGACAGAGUGCACACGAAACUCUUUAAGAGACGCCUGAAAAUUCUGAAUGUAUACCAAACACUCGACAAUUUUUGGUGGCGAGUUUUUUAGUUCCAUUAAUCACCAAUUUUGGGUAAUUUUUAGCUAACGGUUCUGCAUCAUUGAAGAAGGAAAGUUUGAAAGAAGCGGGCUGUGUGGAAAGCGGUGAAUGCAGAGAACUUCAGAAGGUGCCAAACCUAACGAUCGCGCAAAAAUCCGCAUCAUUUGAAGCCACUGACGACAGCAAUUCAUCUCAUUCUUCCACGAGAAGUUCGGUUCAAACUCGGACGGAACCGUUCAACGAUGUUGCCCUUACCGGAGAGAGCUCUAAUCGUUACAUGGAUACGGAAACCAACCAAAACACUGCCCCAGGCGAAACACAGCGAAAACGCAAAAACCGCAAGAGAGAUCCAAUUCACUCAGACGUGUCUGAGGAUGUAUCUGAGAGACGAACACUUAGAUCUAAGAUUAAAAAAGACGCGAGGAACACUUCGAAUAAUUCUCUAAGAAAUCAACUGCCGCGUUGUCUUGAUAGAAUUACCUUUGACCAAAAUGAAAAUAGCAAAAAUGAGGAUAACAAUUCAAUAUGGAAUUCUAAAUUACAAGAUCCGAAAGUAGAUAUUCCAUGUACAGCACAAGAUCCAAUGGAAUCAAACGAGAAAGAAGCAGUCAGCCAAGCAUACAGUUGUCCAUUAUGUGGAAGAUGUUAUGCGACAUCUUCAAAUCUAUCUCGACAUAAGCAAACACAUCGAAGUUUAGACAGCAAGCAAGCUAAAGCGUGCCCACAUUGUGGUAAGCGUUACGUGUCCAUGCCUGCGUUAUCUAUGCACGUGCUCACGCAUAAACGUUCUCACGAAUGCAAAAUAUGCGGGAAACGGUUCAGUCGACCUUGGUUACUUCAAGGUCACUUCCGGUCUCACACUGGGGAACGCCCCUUCCGGUGUCCGCAAUGUGACAAGUCGUUCGCUGACCGCUCAAACCUGCGGGCUCAUGAACAAACACACUCACCACUCAAGCAAUACCAGUGUGAGAGAUGUCAUCGGUCAUUCGCGCUGAAGUCGUAUCUUACGAAGCAUGUCGAAGCGACGUGCUUCGCCGAAGACAGAUCCUGA